GGCGACAGAAAAGAUGGAACCAAGUGAAGGCGAGAAACUCAUCCGCCCUUGUACUCGUCGCCAAUCGGAAAGCUUCUCUUCCAGCACUAACCAAUUACAGAAAGGAGGUUUUACCGACAGCUCAAGAUUUCAUUCUUAAUGAGCUGCGCACUGGAAGUGGGUAGGAGGCAGAGGAGCGGGGGUGAAAUCGAGGGACAGUCGCUCCAAGUUUGUGGUACAGGGCUCUUCGCCUACAUAUUAUAUUACCGUCUUCUAGCAAGUCCAAUAUGAAACAGCAAGGAGGUGGUGGUGAAAAAGAGCUUGUUGAUGUUGCCAGCAGCCACCGGGAAGACCCUGGUCUGCGGUGCAGUAGAAAAACUUCCAGCUCUCCAGCGCUGAAUUGAGUCCCUACAUCAGAAUGCCACCAGCUCUGGCUCCAGGUCCCAGUUGAGAAAGUGAUGAUUCUUGACCUCAGCGGUUUCUUUUUUUAUUAUAAUUAUUUUAUUUAUUGGCUAGAGGCAGAUCCAAAGGAAGAGGAGAUAAGAGAUACCUGCAGUCCUGCUUCACCACUCGAAGCUUUCCCCCUGAAGGUGGGGACCGGCGGUUCGAACCUGGAUCUUUGCACAUUGUAACAGAUAUGCAUGCACUCACCCAGGCGCGCCACCGCCUGGCCGUAACUCGGCGGUUUCUGUCUCUCGGCCAGAGGAGCGUUCAUAGAGGAGCCGCUCUAGCAACACGGUCCUCCGGGUCUCGGUGGUGCGAGGUCUUGCACUUGCGCAGUGGGUGCUGCGACCAGUGUGGGCUGAGCAGCGUGAGCGGGGCUGGGCGCCGAGAGCUGAGAGCUGGUCGGGCUUGGUGCCUGCCUUCGCCGGUAUGCAAAGAAGCCUCUUCCCACAGAUGUCCUUGGAGAUAAUAUGGGCGAGUCCGGAGUUCUCCUCUGGGUGAAAGCCGAACCCUUUUUAGUGGGUGCUUUGCAGGUGCCCCCUCCAUCCAAAUUCAGUCUUCACUAUCUCAGAAAGAUAUCUACCUAUGUUCGAACCCGGGCCACAGAGGGAGCUUACCCACGCCUGUCCUGGUCUACGUGGAGGCACAUUGCCUGUGGGAAGCUACAGCUGGCUAAGGAUCUGGCAUGGCUUUAUUUUGAAGUAUUCGAUAGUCUUGUAGUGAAGACGCCAGAGGAGCGCCUAGAAUGGUCUGAGAUUGUGUCCAGCUGCAUGUCUGAAGAUGAAAUUGAAAAGCAGAGGAAUCAGCUUUCAGUGGACACCCUACAGUUUCUGCUCUUCUUAUACAUACAACAGUUAAACAAGGUCUCUCUGAGGACAUCUCUGAUUGGAGAAGAGUGGCCUAGUCAUAGAAACAGAUCUCAGUCUCCUGACCUGACUGAAAAGUCCAGUUGUCAUCGCAAGAAUUGGAAUGAUUACAGUCACCAGGCUUUUGUCUGUGAUCAUCUGUCAAAUCUUCUCGAGCUGCUUUUAGAUCCAGAACAACUCACUGCAUCAUCUCACUCAAUACGUAGUAGUUUAGUCUCCCGAGAAGCUGUUAUGGCACUUAGCUUUCUUAUUGAAGGUACAGUGAGGAAAGCCAAAAAGAUAUAUCCGCUUCAUGAACUUGCACUGUGGCAACCACUGCAUGCAGAAAGCGGAUUCUCAAAGAGCUCUAAGACCUUUGCUGUCUACAAGCUGGAAGCCUGGCUGAGAACCUGUUUGACUGAUAAUCCAUUUGGUACAUCUGCUUGCCUCAAGGCUGGAAAGAAAUUAGCUUGGGCUCACCAAGUUGAAGGGGCAACCAAGAGAGCUAAGGUCGCAUGCAAUACUCACGUGGCCCCUAGGACGCACCGCAUGGUGGUGAUGAGCCAGGUGUACAAGCAGACAUUGGCCAAGAGCUCUGACACUCUGGUGGGGGCACAUGUAAAGAUUCAUCGCUGCAACGAAUCUUUUAUAUAUCUGCUCUCUCCCUUACGAUCUGUGACAAUUGAGAAGUGCAGAAAUAGCACCUUUGUCCUUGGGCCCGUACAGACUGCUCUUCACCUCCAUAGCUGUGACAACGUUAAAGUCAUCGCUGUUUGCCACCGUUUGUCCGUCUCCUCUACAACGGGUUGCACCUUUCACAUUCUUACACCUACAUGCCCGCUGAUUCUCUCUGGCAACCAGACAGUAACUUUUGCCCCUUUCCACACUUAUUACCCAAUGUUGGAGGACCAUAUGGCCAGAACUGGACUCGCUACGGUACCUAAUUAUUGGGAUAACCCAAUGAUUGUGUGCAGAGAAAACAGAGACACAACUGUCUUCCAGCUUUUACCACCCUGUGAGUUUUAUGUAUUUAUUAUUCCCUUUGAAAUGGAAGGGGACACAGUGGAGAUACCUGGGGGUCUUCCACCUGCAUAUCAGAAAGCAUUGGAUGAAAGAGAGCAGAAGAUACAGAUCUGGCAGCAAACUGUGAAAGAGGCCCGCUUGACAAAGGAUCAAAGGAAGCAGUUUCAGGUGCUGGUGGAGAACAAGUUUUACGAGUGGUUGAUUAACACAGGACACCACCAGCAGCUGGACAGCCUUGUGCCCCCUGCAGCGGGCUCCAAGCAGGCAGCAGGAUAAGGUCCUACAUCAGAUCAUGGGCACUGGAAACGUGAGGCUAAUGAAAGAUGCCGCAUGUCUUGAAACAGAAUUAGGAUGGUGCUUACCUUUUAGUCUUGGAUUUUAGGGCUUUUUCUUCUUAUUUAAGAUUUUUUUUCUUGAUUUCUAUAGUAAUUUAUUGCUAUCUAGGUUAUAUUUUAACUAAGCUUUUGACUGUGAGAUAAACAUUGUUUAUAGACCCUUAAAAGACUCAUCUUUGUGAUGUCAAAUAGAAAAAGUUGAUGAAGAUGGUCUCAUAUAUGUUAAUAUUAAAGUGACUGCAGAUUUUGCAUUUUUUAUUUGUAUGAUAAAAGGACUUUAUCCUUUCUAGAGUUUAAACAAGAGUUUUAUAGUAGUUCUUUAUAGCUAUUUAAAAGGAAAUUGCUACUCUUUCUAAAAAAUAAUUUGGAAUAAAAGUGAUUGGUUGGUAUAUAGUAUGCAGAAAUAGUUUUAUACAAAGUUAUCUUAGUCCUGAAAAUAUGAAAAAUGAAAUUGUGCAAAACCUUUUUCAUUUUAUGCUUUAAAUUUCCAAUAAAUAUUCUUAAAAGUAAUUAUCUCCUUUUGAUUAAAAAGGUAAAGCUAAAUUUUCUAGACAGUUCCCAGUGUCACUGUGAUGUUAUAUCAAAAUAAAUUUUUCUUUAGGUUGGAGAACCUCUGUUAUUUAAAAGAAAGCAGUUAUCAACUUCUGAUUACUGAUAAAUGUUUCGUGGUGUUCACUGACCUUUUAGUAACUAUAUUAAAAGGGACAUACUCUUUUAUUUCUGAAGUGAAAAAUAAAUAUUAGAAUGUGUGUUCAUUCUAAUUGAGGUUUUAUGAUGAACUUUAAGAAAGCAGAGUAUUACCAAAUGAAGAAACACUGGUACAGCUGUGUUCUAGAAAUUGCUACUGGUUUUACGAAGUUGCUUGUAUCAGAUAUUUUUUAUGUUAAUAAAAUUCAGAAAAAUAAACAUACUUUGUUUCUCUGGCACUUUUGUCAUUUUCUGAUAUGAUCAUAAUAUAUCGUGGGGACACCCCAUCUAUGAAUAUCUUUGUUGGAUUGUUUUGCUAGUGAAAACAGGAAGAAGUUGGACUUCUGGCAAAAUAUCUAACCAGGAAAACUAAAGUGGAAUAUAGCUGUAAGUUUGUUUCUUGGAACGUAUCACAAAUUUGCAUGUCAUCCGUGUGUAGAGGCCGUCUAGACUUCUCUGUAUUCGAAUUUAAUAAAUGUUCUGCCAAAACAA